AUGUUUAUUGCAGUAUCUGAACCUAAAAGAUUGAAAGAAGCCAUUGUCAACAUCUCUGGAAAUUCAAAUAAAUAUUAUAAUGGUAAUUGGAAGGAAGAUGAAGUAUUCAUCAUUGAAAAUAAUAACCAAUACCAACCCUAUAAUAAUAGUAGUAAUUAUAGUAACUGA